UGCAUUUGAAGGGGCUUCUUUAGAGAAAGACAAGCCGAUAGAGACUAAACCUAAUAUUUGCACCGAGAUCACAGAAAUGAGUCAUCCAUCCAGAGUCAAGGAAGAUAGUGAGAGUAAAUUUGUAUCCCGUGGGAUGUACAACCCUGUAACUAACAAGUCGUCAACCUUUUCUCAACCACACCCUCCUAAAGGGAAUUCUGUUGCAAGUUUUGUUGGAAAGAAGAGUCAAACUGCUGAUGCCCAGGGAAUGGAUAUUGUUAAGGAGCACUCCAACAGCCAACAGUAAGACCAGAAGGUGGAUGAACCUUGAUGCAUACAGUCCAUGACGUUGCUAUCAGUUUUCUGUAUCGUGUUCAGCCUGCAGAGUCCUAACCAACCGCUUAUCAGUUCAGGGGAACGAAAUGAUGUUGAAAUGGAAGAAAAAUGAUGCUAGAUACAGGUUCAUAGUAAUGUUCUGGUAGAAGCGAACAUUUUUUUACUUUUAUUUAGGAGAACAACCCUCUGUUUUUUUAACACAACAAGGGCAAGAAUUGGAGAUUCAACCUCCAAACCUACUCUAACGGAAAGAACCAACCUCUUUUUGAAGCUAAUAAACUCGAAGCUCCCAUGUAAGGCUCCGGCAAUUCAAUUAUCAAAGAGGAUGCUCUGUUUCCACGAGGAUCAAGGUACAUAUGUAUGAUUAAUAGUAACACGAAACCAAGUUUUGGUUUAAAACCCUUAUCCAUUACACACGAUUGUUCUCCUAUUUUACAUGUCUGAACUGCUAACCAUCUAGAUUUGCCUGUAUGUUCGCAUCCAAGUUACAUCAGAGUAACAAUCUGUAGAGAGUCCAAAUUUCAGAUUAUGAUUAUUUUAUCUUAAUUACCGAUCUAUUAAGGAAGACCGUUGGUUCAGAUUUUAAUCCAAUAUUCGUGAUAUUCCUUGGAUGGAUAAGGUGGUAAGUCUUUACUGAACCACUACUUCUCUCUCUCUCUCUCUCUCUCUCCCGCGCGCGCGAGAGAGCGACUAGGGGAAGCUCGGGAAGAUGCUACUAUCAUCAUCUUCUUUACUGCGAUCAUUGCCGGUUACUCGUCAGAAUUUAGCAUGUAAACCGGCGAAUCCACGGACGGGAGUGAAGGUUCAGGCCAUGGCGAAGGAAGGAAGCGAGAGCGAAGGGGGCAUUGCAGAGACGGUGGCUAUAGCCGGUGGGUUAGUGGCGACCCCAGUGAUCGGUUGGUCGCUGUAUACCCUGAAGACAACUGGGUGCGGGCUGCCGCCGGGGCCAGGUGGGUCACUCGGCGCACUGGAAGGCGUUAGCUACUUGGCGGUGGUGGGAAUCGUGGGUUGGUCUCUGUACACGAAGACGAAAACUGGAUCGGGUCUGCCCAACGGCCCUUUCGGGCUAUUGGGCGCCGUGGAAGGUCUUUCAUACUUGAGUUUGUUAGCCAUCUUGGUCGUUUUUGGGUUGCAGUACUUUGAACAGGGCUACAUCCCCGGACCUCUUCCGGCCGAUCAGUGCUUUGGUUGACGAUUCUUCUAUCCUGUGGUUUAUGUGGCUGUUGUUUCUCCAAACGUGUGAAUCGUAGGGUCUCUGUUUGGUUUUAUUUUUUCUUCUUUUUCUGUUUACCGUAUCGUUGCAAUUCUGCGUAGAACCUGCCCUGUUCUGUUGUAUGAAAUGUGGAUUAAUCCAAAUCAUUUACUUUGCUUUGGGGUC